GGCCCGGGUCUGAAUGCUCAGUUGCGGGCUAACCGGUCCCAGUGGCAGGUCCUGGGUCAAAGACCUCCCUCCUCUUGGGGGAAAGGCGCAGGCGCCCCACGCUUUCUCAGUAACUUCCUAGCGACCAGCCACAGUUAAGCGCCAAGCGUCCUGCAGGGUGGGUGGGUCAAAGUGGGCGGUGUAAAGCCCUGAUCAGGCAGGGGUUCUAGCUUUGUUCCUUCCAGAAUGGCGCGCAGGGCUGAGCCCCCCGAUGGGGGCUGGGGAUGGAUGGUAGUGCUCUCAGCGUUCUUCCAGUCGGCGCUCGUGUUUGGGGUGCUCCGUUCCUUCGGUGUCUUCUUCGUGGAAUUUGUGGCGGCGUUUGAGGAGCAGGCAGCCAGAGUCUCCUGGAUCGCUUCAAUAGGGAUCGCGGUGCAGCAGUUUGGGAGCCCAAUAGGCAGUGCCCUGAGCACGAAGUUGGGGCCCAGGCCUGUGGUGAUGACUGGGGGCAUCUUGGCUGCCCUGGGGAUGCUGCUUGCUUCAUUUGCUACCUCCUUGACCCACCUAUACCUGAGUAUUGGGCUGCUGUCAGGCUCUGGCUGGGCCCUGACCUUCACUCCGACCCUGGCCUGCCUCUCCCGCUACUUCUCUCGACGUCGAUCUCUGGCCAUGGGGCUGGCACUGACUGGAGUGGGCCUCUCCUCUUUCGCAUUUGCUCCCCUCUUCCAGUGGCUGAUCAGCAACUAUGCCUGGAGGGGAGCUCUCUUGCUAGUAUCUGCCCUCUCCCUACACCUGAUAGCCUGUGGUGCUCUACUCCGCCCACUCUCCCUGACUGAAGACACUUCCGUGGGUGGCCCUGGGGCCCAGCUCACCUCCCUCUUCCAUCAUGGCCCCUUCCUCCGUUACACAAUUGCCCUUACUCUGAUUAACACUGGCUACUUCAUUCCCUAUGUCCAUCUGGUGGCCCAUUUGCAGGACCUGGGUUGGGACCCACUGCCUGCUGCCUUCCUACUAUCAGUGGCUGCUGUUUCUGACCUCGUGGGUCGCGUGGCAUCUGGUUGGCUGGGAGAUGCAGUUCCAGGGCCUGUGGCACGACUGCUGAUGCUUUGGACCACCCUGACUGGGGUGUCACUAGCCCUGUUCCCUGUGGCUCAGGCUCCCACAACCCUGGUGGUUCUGGCUGUGGCCUAUGGCUUCACAUCAGGGGCCCUGACCCCGGUGGCCUUCUCCGUGCUUCCUGAACUGGUGGGAACUGGAAGGAUUUACUGUGGCCUGGGACUGGUGCAGAUGAUAGAGAGCAUCGGGGGGCUAUUGGGAGCUCCUCUAUCAGGUUACCUCCGGGAUGUGACAGGCAACUACAUGGCUUCUUUUAUGGUGGCUGGGGCAUUCCUUCUUGCUGGAAGUGGAGUCCUUAUGACUUUACCCCAUUUCUUCUCCUGCAUCUCAGCUUCUACCUCCAGCCCACAGGACCCUGUAAUAGAGCCACUGGAUACCAAAAUUCCCCUGCCCAAGGAGGAGGGUUUGGGAGAGGCCUGAACUCCCCCAGGAGGCGUGGUCAUGGAAAGCCAGAGCUUGACACCACCAGGGCUUCUGCCCCAUCGAGGCAUCCACAGAAGCACAGUGCCUUAGGAUUCUUGAUCUGCCUCCACCAGCAGACCUGGGGCUCCUGCAAUUUACGUGCCAGCCUUUUGUAUUUUGUUGAUGACUCUGUCACCUCCUUUGUCCUCCCAAGCUUUUCUGAAGGAUCCAGGAGAUCUCAACCCACUGAGUUCUGAAUCAAAUCUGAGAAUCAAA